AUGGCUUUUAGCGCAAUCGCCUCCGGCCUCAUAAUCCAAUCGAGAUAUACUGUCGAGCCUAUAGACUGGCCUUCCGGAACGCCUACUGAAGACGAAAGCUUUCCUGUCAUCCUGCGCGGAUUACGGAAGCGGUUCAACCAUCUCCGAUCGUUCCCUCCAAAAAAGGAGAUUCCGCACCUUAUGAAUUAUUUAGCCGCGGGAAUCAUUGACUCGAUGCCAGAGGGGCUCACUGUGGGCAUUUUGGCGAAUGUUUUCCUCUAUGUGGAUGGCAAUUCUGCAGCCUCGGUUCUGGAAAAUCGUUUAGCAGAUAAUUUCUGGAUCUGGGCUGUGGAUCCAGACUACGAGGGAGACGCCGAAAACUAA